AUGAAAAAGUGGAAGAAAAAAAGUGCACAAGUGCUCAUAGUGGCAGCGAUAAUAUCAGUUAUAAGUGCCGCACCUCAAAAACCAUCAACUUUUGAUAGCAGCUAUAGAUUGCCGAAAUAUGUUGUUCCUCUAUCUUAUGAAUUGUCUAUAAAAUCGGAAGUUCAUUUAGAAGGCAAUACAACAUUUGAAGGAACUGUAAAAAUUGAAGUGAAUGUCACUGAAGAUACUAAUCUUGUGAUACUACACAGUAGUGGGCUAGCUAUCAGACAGAUUAGCAUUUUUAAUACAAAUGAAACAAAUAUUAAUCAAACUCAUACGUUUGACAUCGAAAGAGAUUUUUUGAAAAUUCACUCCUCUGAUCAACUUCUGAACGACUUCACAUAUUUCCUAGAAAUCAGCUUUAGUGGCAAUCUAAGAACAACAACCACAAGUGGAUUUUAUAGAUCCCAAUAUCAAGUUAAUGGUGAAAUUUCGCCGAGAUAUUUAGCGGCAACACAGUUGAAGCCUACACAAGCCCGUGAAGCUUUUCCCUGUUUUGAUGAGCCUGAAUAUAAGGUGACAUUCAAAAUAAGCAUUACUCAUGGAUCAGAUUAUCAUGCUUUAUCGCAUACAGUUGGCAAUAAAGUAGUCAUAGGCGACGGAUUAUCAAUCACAACGUUUAGUGAAACCCCAAAGAUUCCAAUAUAUUCAGUUGCUUUUGUUAUAUCUGAUUUGGGAUUUUAUGAACAACCAGAAGGAAAAAGGAAGUACCGAGUUUAUGCUAGAAAGGAACAUUUAGACAAAGAAUAUACAUUACAGCCACUGUUAUAUUCAAUCAACUUCCUUGAAACUUUAGAAGCUAAAUUCUCAUUCAACUAUAGUGAAAUAAUUGGAAAAGCAGAUAGCGUAGCACUUCCAGAUCACGUUAGUGCUAUUGAGAAUUGGGGUGUUAGUUUGUAUAAAGAACAAUUCUUUGUUUUAGAAGAUCAGCCACAUCCUCAAGAUUUGUUGAAUCUCAUUGGAACAAUUGCUCAUUCAACAGCGCAUCAAUUUUUCGGCAAUGCGGUAACAUGUAAAUGGUGGGAUCAAAUCUGGCUUAACGAAGGAUUUGCAACAUGGCUUGAACAUAAACUUCCAGAAAUUUCAAGUAUGACAAAUACUUUGAGAUUUGAUGACUUCUUCAAUAUUCGUAAAACACAUGUUGUUUUUCGAAUGGAUUCAUUAGAAUCAACACGACCAAUUGCAUCUGAUGGCAACACUCCUUCUGAAAUAAUGGGAUUGCUUGAUGAAAUCAACUAUGAUAAACCUGCUGCAAUUUUAAGAAUGUUUUUAAAUUUAAUCGGUGAAGAUCAAUGGACUGACGCAAUUUCCAAAUAUUUAAAUACAUACGAAUAUGAUUCAGUAACUUCUGAAGACUUGCUCACAAUAAUUGAAGACUUUGUUCCUGCAUCUCUAAACAUCAACUUUAAGCAAGCAUUCCGCACUUGGGAAUUAAACAAAGGAUAUCCAAUGAUUACAGUCAACUUUAAUGCUACUAAUAAAGAGUUCCUUGUUACACAAAAGCGUUAUUUGUCGUCAACUGGAGAAGUUCCACAAGAAGAUCCAUCUACUUGGUUUAUUCCAUUAAGUUACACGACUGGAGCUAACCCAAACUUUGAAAACAAAAUGUUUACUGAUUAUUUUGAUGAUGGAACUGCUCAAAAAACAAUUUCUACAGAAAUUAUCACAGAUUUUAAUGAAACUCAAUGGUUCAUCUUUAACAUCCAGCAACUCGGCUACUAUCGAGUCAAUUAUGAUGAAAGUAACUGGAACAAAAUCAUUCAAAUCCUAAAUAGCAAAAAUUUUGAUCAAAUUCAUGUCCUUAAUCGUGCACAGCUUAUUGAUGAUGCAAUGACUUUUGCAUUCGAUGGUGUUAUUUCUUAUGACAUUGCAUUAGGCAUUGUGAGUUAUUUAAGACGCGAGACUGACUACAUUCCUUGGUACACAGCAAUGGUCGCAUUUGAUAAACUUGAUUAUAUUCUUAAAGGAAGUGAAUUUUAUGAAGAUUUCCAGAAAUUUGUAAAGUUUUUAGUAAGACGAUUGUAUAAUAAGUAUGACUUAAAAGAAAUCAAUAAUCUUACUCCUUCUGAACAAUUAUCAGCUGAACUUGCUAUUGAUUUGAUGUGCCGAUUUGGUGACGAAAAAUGCCUGACAAAUGCAUACACGAAUAUGAAAUCUAGAAAUAUGCUCAAACCUUUGGAGAUCACUUUUAUUUGUAAUGGAAUGAAAGGAACCGACCUAGAUGAAGAAUACAAACAUUUAUUUGAUAGAAUGGAUAGAUCCAUUCUCCACACUGAAAGAUUGAGAAUCAUGUAUGGACUUCUGUGCUCAAAUGAUCAUGAAAUAUUGAAGAAAUUUAUCCUUACUGCUAUUGAUGGUCAGACAUUCUAUAGGGAACAAGAGAUCUACACAGUUCUUGAAGGUGCUUUGCAAAAAAGUUCAGUUGGGUUGGAAGUUCUGGGAGAAAUUAUCGAGGAAAGUUUUGACAAAAUUAUUGAACGCACUGAUGCUGGGUUUAUCGAUGGAAUGCUAGUAGGUGCUUCAAGUCGCAUCUCAACAGAAAAAGAUGAAAAAUUGAUCAUGGAUCUUUUGGCUAGACUAGAAAAUAAAGCUAAAGCCUUUAACCAAGGAACAAAAGAUAAAAUCGUUAAAAACAUUAAGUUCAAUAAGGAUUGGAUAGCAAGUCCUAUGGCUAAUACAGCAUCUAUUUACAUCUACAAUGUUCUGAAAUCCAUAGAUGAUUUUGAAAAUAUGUUGAGACUUCCCAAAAUCGCAAGACCUGAACAUUAUAGUAUUUAUCUUGAUGUCAGCAACAUUGAUACUGGAGCCCUUCCAUAUACUGCAGAAGUUAAGAUUGAUGUCCAAAUUGAAGAAAGAAUUGACAGAAUUAUUCUUCAUUCAAAAGAUCAUAAAAUUGAUGAAAUUACUGUCACAAAUAAAAUCUCAAUGCAGACUAUUCAAAUGCUUGACUUCCAUCAAAACCAUGAUGUCGAUACAUUGGCCAUUUACUUUGUUGACUUCCUUGAAGUAGACACUUCCAUUGAAGUCAACAUCAAAUAUUCUGCAAAUUUACAAACGAUAACUGAUGGAUUCUACAGAGAUUCUUAUAUAGAAUUUGAUGAAAAUCAAUCUCCGAAGACAAAAUACUUGGCAACAACUCAAUUCCAAGCUGUUGAAGCUCGACGGGCUUUCCCAUGCUUUGAUGAACCUGAGUUUAGAACCGAAUUUGAUGUAACUAUCCGCCAUCCAUCGACAUACAAUGCAGUUUCCAAUGCUCCAGUAAAUAAGACAAUGGCUAAUGACGACGGAACAACAGACACAAUUUUCAACCCAACAGCCAAGAUGAGCACAUAUCUAUUAGCAUUUUUAGUAUCUGACUUCAAAUAUCUUUCAAAUAAUAAUAGAAGACUUGAAGGAGAAGCACUUCAAAGCAUUUACACAAGACCAGGAAAGGAGCAAAAUGCAAAAUAUGGAUUAGAAAAUUCUGUAAAGGUUUUGAAUGAACUCGAAAAGUUUGCAGGAAUGAAUUUCAGUUUACCAAAACUUGACUCUGGCGCUGUUCCUGGAAAAAGUGGUGGCAUGGAAAAUUGGGGCUUGAUUAUAUAUCGUGAGGAAGCUCUAGUUUACGAAGAUGAGGAGGAAGAAAUUGCACAUGACUUGAAACAGAGAGGAGUCCGACUCAUUGCUCAUGAAGUGGCACAUAUGUUCUUUGGAGAUUUGGUGACAGCAAAAUGGUGGAAUUAUUUAUGGCUCAAUGAAGGAUUCGCCACAUUCAUGGCAUACUACUUAACAGAUCAGAUCUAUCCAGAAUGGAAGAUGAAUGAAUUUUAUCAAAGGAACGUCAUGUUAUACUAUGCAUUCCGAACUGAUGCAUCUGAGAACACCCACUCGAUGUCAGCAGAUUUGAACACAGUUGAAGAAAUCAAUAACUCUUUUGAUGAUAUCACAUACGAUAAAGCAGGUUGUGUGUUGAGGAUGUUGAACCAUACAGUAGGCGACUUAAUUUUCAAGGAUGCAAUUAACAGAUAUCUCACCAAAAAUCAGUAUGGAUCAGUUACAUCAGAUGAUCUUAUUGAUGCAUUCCAAGAAGUACUAGACAAAAAACCACUUCCUUAUGACUUCAAACGCAUCUUCAGAACUUGGGAAAUGCAAGAAGGAUUCCCACUCGUCAGUGUCCAUUUCAAUCAUACUGAUUCGACAUUCCAUCUGACUCAGGAACGAUUCUUCAACAAUAAAUCGAGGAACGUCGAUGAUACAAGUAGCUGGUACAUACCACUCAAUUAUGGAACUGCAUCGAACAUCGACUUUGAGGAUACAAGUCCAUCUCAAUUCUUCCCUGAUGGAGUAAACGAAUUUUCAUUCGUAGAUUCAAAUUAUGAUGGCGAGGAAUGGUUUAUCUUCAAUAAACAGCAAGUCGGAUAUUAUCGAGUCAAUUAUGAUUUAAAUAAUUGGAAUGCAUUGAUAACAGCCUUGAAUAGUGAAGAUUUUAAGAAAAUUCACAUUGCAAAUAGAGUUCAGUUGAUUGAUGAUGCCUUUAGACUUGCUACUGCUGGAUAUAUUGACAUGGAAGUUCCUUAUGAAAUUUUAAUGUAUUUAAAGAAGGAAACCGAUUAUUUUGCAUGGGAUACUGCUAUAGACUAUGUCAAUAGAUUGUUCAGUGUUUAUGGAUCGAGGAAUGAGAUACUUAAUAUAUUUUUGCUCCAUCUUUCCAAAACUUUCUACAAUCAUUAUGAGUUGUCCGACAAAGAAACAAUUCCAAAAGAAGAAGUUCCAGUUCGUUAUGAAAGACAAUUAGCUAAUGCUAUAGCUUGUAAUUCUGGAAAUCAAGAUUGUAUUAGAGAUGCAAUCAAGUUUGGUGCCAAGGAUGUAAAAGGAGAACAAAGAAUCCCACCAGGCUUGGAAGAAGAAAUUCUAUGCAACUAUUUUAGGCACACAGAGGAUCAAGAUGAAUUCAUCAAUAUUUACAACAGAAUGAACAAACUUUAUCAACCAUCGGAAUCACGAUAUAAAUCAAGACUGAUCAAUGCUUUGACUUGCACGAAGAAUUCUGAUUAUUUGUAUGCAUUCCUUGAAACUUCGCUCGGUACAAAUAGCAAUAACGUAAAUUACACUCAGUCUGAAAAACGAGCAGUCUUUAAUGGCGCACUCAAAAAUCUAAAUGGAAUGUCCACAGCCUUUAAACUUAUUCAAAAAUAUUCCAGAAACGAAUUACCAACAAGCUAUGGCUGGUCGUGGGCUGACAUUUUGAAGAAUAUUGCCAGUUCUGUCUACACUGAAUCUGACCGAUUCCGAUUCUUGGAAUAUAUUCAGAAUUUAAAUUACACAGGUUUGGUUAAAGGAGAUACUGAUGAAGCUGUUAAGGUCACAAGUCAACGUUUAAGCGAUCAGGAACUGCCACUUAACUCUAAACAGUUGAGUUUGGUUGUUAAGCUACUUGAAAGAGAAUUUGAUAUAACUACUCCUACUCCUCCUACAACAACAACAGAUUCUACAACUGCACUGUCAUCUUCAUCAACAGAAAUUCCAACAACAACUCCAGAUAGUGGAUCAACAUUAAAACUUAGUAUUUUUGCUGUCUUAUUGGCCAUUUGGAUUGGAAUAAGAGCGUAG